UUUCUACUGGAUGAAAAACUCACCAACAUUCAGCUUUGUGCUCUUCACAUGGAGAUGCGCAACACUGAACAGUUACUGGCAUCAAUUGGUUUGCUUGCAUACAAGGUGGAUUCCUUACCAAAGGCUCAGAUGUUAAAGCUGACAUGGAAUCUCGUCUAGUUGAGUGGCAGAGAGAGUUGGAGGAACUCUCUGUUUAUUUCAAGAAGCUGUGCAAGUCGCGCAAAAAGUCUCUACCCAAAGAAGAGGAUGCACUUGCAACUUAUGUUGCUAACAAACAACUGGAACUGGUGAAGAGGGUCUGCAGAGAAUGGAGGGAAAUUGCCUUGAUAACAAGAGAAAAAGUGUUUAAAGAGACAGAGCAAGGAGAGAUUGACCUGUUUGAUGUCAAGUGCAAAGAAUGGGGUUUUUUGUUACGAGAAGUAUUUGGUAGCAGCCUUGGAACAGGUGAUUAUGGACAUCUGUUAAUUGAUCAUGCUCCAAUGCUCAUGAGACGCUUUCUGUCCAUGACAGAAUUUAGUCAGCAAGGCUUUGAGGCAUCCCAUAAGGACGAACGCCAGCUUUGGCUCAAAGCCUCAAGUCAUGAUCGCCAUGGAGAAGCAUCCUCAAUUGAACAAAUGCUAGUGCAUUUUUAUACAGAGAGAAUGUUGUUCAUGCGUCUCUGUCUCCGAGAAGCAUUAAAAUGAAUUGAAGCAAAUACUCAAAAGCAGAAGGACAAAUUCACCUUCCAUUUUGCUGGUUGUGGCUGGAAAUCAAAGGAUGUUUGCUGGGGUCUCGAGGACAUCCACUGGAUCAAGGUCAUGGACCAUCUCAUGACACUGAUGUUCGGGCAGGACUUUUUCGAGUACACCUCUGAUGAAAAGAAGACAUGCCGUGUACAGGAUGAUUUCCAGCCAAAAUUUAAAUACAACAGAGAAGAGUGGCUCUGUGAAUAUGCCGACAUGGCAACUGUCCCUGACAAUGUGAUCUCAGAUGAGAAAGGUCCAUGUCUUGAAAAAGAUGACAUAGGUACGCAAACAUUGUGUACGUCUUCAGAGGAAGAUAUGGGUGUUCCUCAAGAGCUGAUUUCAACCAGUAAUAAUAUAGUUACAAUUUGUGAUGAAGAAUUGCUAAACGUUGGUGUUGAUCAGGACAGGGUUAUAGCUGUGUUUCCACCACCACCAGCACUGGGCAAGAUAGAGAUUUUGGCAAUGGACCUUGAGACUUUGGAGGAAGGAAAGGAAGUGAAUGAUUCUGUGGUGGACUUGUUUUUGAUGUAUGCUGCCUCUGAACUUGACAAAGAAUUGUUCGACAAGUGCCACAUAUUCAGUUCCUUUUUUUUCUCCAAGCUAUCUCAAAGAGUACAGAUAGAGGAAUCUCUGUUUUACCAUGGUAAAUGUGUACCAUAUCUUCAAGUUUCUUAUGAAUUUAAGUCCUUUAAAUAUAUCAAUUUUUACCCUCUUUACAGUCCCGAGGACCGGCAUGUAAGUGCCUCAAGCUUUGUUAGAAAUGUGGACCUUUUCCAAAAGAUGUUUAUCUUCAUACCUGUCUGCAGAAGCGGGCAUUGGUUCUUGGCAUUAAUAUAUAACCUCCCCUCUUUGAUUGGAAAAGGACAAAUGGGAAAAUAUUUGCAAAGAGCUCCAAUUGUAAUCAUUGACUCGAUCGUCUAUGGUUCAGAGGAUGGGUUUCAUGGCUGUCCUUCAUCAAGAGACUGGGAAGCAGACCUGAUCCGAAGUUUCAUAAGAUGCGAGUGGUUGGCUAGAGGGAAGGGAGCAGAGGGAGUGGGUUCUUCUCCUGACUUCACGCCAGAGUCGAUGCCCCUUUUUUACCCUAAGGUGCCACAGCAGGAAAAUGGAUACGACUGUGGAGUAUUUGUUAUGUUGUUCUUUGAGGCAUUUUUAAAUCGCGAGUUCCCUGUGAGAGACCUUCUGUCGCAUGAAAUCCUCCCUUGGUAUAAUCAAGGUGCAGCUCUGCCCAUGCGAGAAAGAAUGACAAAUCUCAUUCUGAGAUUGGGAAAUAGUCUUGUCUCCGAAUAAGCUACAUGUAAAUAGUUAGGGUAUAAUCAAGGUGCUGCUCUGUCCAUGCGAGAAAGAGUGACAGAUCUCAUUCUGAGAUUGAGCCGAAUAGUCUUGUCUCCGAACAAGCUGAAUGUAAAUAGUUGGGGUGAAUCUUUUUUAUUAUUAUUAUUGUAAGCCUCGUAACAGUGUUUUAGAGCUAUUUUCACCUAAGCUUUGAAACAAAAUGCAAUAAACAGUUUUGUUUGUGUAAUCGUUCAAGUGAUUUUAUUUUGCUCGUCUUCACUUCUUUGUUUUGAAUAAACAUUUUGUGAACAUGAA